UUCUUUCUCUCCCUCUCUGUGAGUUCAGGAAAAUGGCAGAGGCGAGAAUUUCAGUAGAUCAUGAUCAGUUCAUCUGUCCAGUGUGUCUGGAUCUCCUGAAGGAUCCGGUGACUCUCUCCUGUGGUCACAGUUUCUGUAAUGUGUGUAUUAAUGGUCACUGGGAUCAGGAGGAUCAGAAGGACGUCUACAGCUGUCCUCAGUGCAGAGACACUUUCACACCAAGGCCUGUUCUACGCAGAAACAACAUGCUGGCUGAAGUGGUGGAGAAACUGAAGAAGACUGAAGUCCAAGCUGCUUCUCCUGCUCACUGUUACGCUGGACCUGGAGAUGUGGAGUGUGAUUUCUGCACCAGGAGAAAACACAAAGCCAUCAAGUCCUGUGUGGUGUGUGUGGCUUCAUUUUGUGAAACUCAUCUCAAACCUCAUCUUCAAAGUCCUCCUUUGAAAAAACACACAUUAAUGGAAGCCUCUGGAAAUCUACAAGAGAAGAUCUGCUCUGAACACAAUGAAGUUCUGAAGAUCUUCUGUCGUACUGAUCAGAAAUGUAUUUGCUCUUUGUGCCUGUUGGAUAAACAUAAAGGCCAUGACGCUGUAUCAGUUGCAGCAGGAAGAGCUGAGAAACAGAGUGAGUUAAAGGAGGAGCAGCUGAAAUUCCAGCAGAGACUCCAGGAGAAGCAGAAGAAGGUGCAGGAGCUGAAACAGACUGUGAACACUAUAAAGCUCAGUGCACAGACAGCAGUGGAGGACAAUGAGAUCAUCUUUACUGAGAUGAUCAGCUUCAUGGAGAAAAAGCGAUCGGAGGUGACGGAGAUGAUCAGAGCUCAGGAGAAGGCUGAACUGAGUCGAGCUGAACGACUCCUGGAGCAACUGGAGCAGGAUAUUAAUGAUCUUCAGAGGAGAGUCAGUGAGCUGGAGAAGCUUUCACACACACAUGAUCACAUCCAUUUCCUCCAGGCUUUAGCUUCUGGACCUCAGUCUUCUCUAUUAAACAGACCAGAUUAUGACACGUCCAGCAUCAGUGUCCCUCAACAUCUGUCAUUUGAUGGAGUGAGGAAUUUUCUCUCAGAUCUGAAGAAGAGACUGGAGGAAUUCUGUGAGGAGGAAUUCAACAAAAUCCCUCCAUAUGCUGCAGCAGUUCAGAUCAUUUCACCACCAGAGCCACAGAACAGAGAAGAGUUUCUGAAAUGUAUAACACACACACACACACACACACACACACACACACACACACGCACACACACACACACACACACACACACACACACACACGCACACACGCACACACACACACACACUUACACACACACACUUAACCCCAACAUGUUCACAUUGUUCAGUUUGUUUUUCUCUUUUAUUUUAGAUUUCUGUUCUCUGACUCUGGAUCCCAACACGUCACAUCAUGACCUCAUUCUGUCUGAGAAGAACAAAGUGGCGACAGUCAGUGAGAGAAAACAGCAGUACUCUGAUCAUCCAGAGAGAUUUGACUGCUGGGAACAGGUUUUGUGUAAGGAGAGUGUGUGUGGACGCAGUUACUGGGAGGUGGAGUGGAGCGGUGAUGGUGUGUACAUAUCAGUCUCAUAUAAAUACAUCAGCAGGAAACGAGACGGUAUUGAGUCUGUGUUUGGACGCAACAAACAGUCCUGGAGUCUGCGAUGUUCUUCUACCUCUCUCUCUUUCUAUCACAACAACAUUAUGACUGAUCUCAGUGGUCCAUCAUCCCCCAGAAUAGGAGUGUAUGUGGAUCACAGUGCAGGAACUCUGUCCUUCUACAGUGUCUCUGACACCAUGAAGCUCCUCCACAGAGUCCACACCACAUUCACUCAGCCUCUAUACGCUGGGUUUAAACUUGGUCUUUUGUCAAAAGUGAGGCUGUGUGAUCCACUAUAA